CCGUCCAGUUUAAGAGUUUCUGCUGCAGCGCGCGACUUUUCUAUAAAAGACGAGUUUUUUUCAGGAGGAUUUGAUGUUUUAAACAAACUUUAUUUUAUUUUUAUAUUUCAGAGUUCGGGCGGUUCGGUUCGUCGGUCCAAAGGUUGAGRUAUUUGAUGAGAAACACAGGAAGAGGUGAUUAAAAUAUAAACGGAUGUUUGACAAUGAGCCGCGCGCUGCUGCGUUUCUGCUCACUUUAACCACAUGAGCUUCCAGCGGCUCGGUUCCGACCCACACACGCAGCUCGUUGACCGGAGAAAGACCCAGCGGAUCAGGACCACAUGGGGACUCAGGGAACCGGACGGAAAAGGUCCACCAAGAAAGACAAGACGACGGCGGAGGAGGAUGCCUUGAACCUGAUCGCUCGAGAGGCCGAGGCCAGGCUGGCGGCGAAGAGGGCGGCCCGAGCCGAGGCCCGGGAGAUCCGCAUGAAGGAGCUGGAGCGACAGCAGAAAGAGAUCUUUCAGGUGCAGAAGAAAUACUACGGGUUAAACACCAGAUUAGAUGAGCGKUCCGACAGCAGAUGGGGAGAUAUAGAGCAGUGGAUGGAGGACAGUGAGAAGUACUCACGGUCUUCACGGAUCCAAACGCUGUCGGACGACGAUGAGCGGAUGUCUGUGGGAAGCCGCGGCAGCGUCAGGUCUGAUCUGGACUCGUUGGGGAGCUCCUCGACACACAAGAAGUCGAAGAAGAAGAAGAAACACAAACACAAAGACAGAGACAGAAAUGGCUUUGAUGAUGAUUACAGCCUCCUGUCCAGCAGGAGCUCCAGACUGAGCGACGAAAGCCGAAUGUCUCGAGCCUCCAGAUCAGACCUGCAGCCGYCUUCUUAUGCUUCCUCUGACUUGUACAGUCUGAACAGUCUGUCUUCCAGAAACCAGGGCUCAACUUUCAAUGGCCACCAGCUCCGCUUCAAUCAAAUCUACCAGCAGUUCUGUCGUCGGCCUUUAGAGUAUAGUAGUUACCGCAGCUCCCGGGCCUCGAGCAGGACCAGCUCAGCCCGGACCAGUCCAGUGGAUAACUGCAGCUCAGUUGCCAGUUUUCUGAGGAGCGCCGGCACCACAGACCUGGACCAUGUUUCUAUUCCAGACUUUUGUGAAGUGGAGGACAAAGAUUAUCACGAGAAGGGAUCUCGAGCAGCCUCCGCCCUGACGGUGACCACCCUCACUUCUGGAGACACGGCCCUGACUGUGGACGCUGAGAGCGCCGUGCGGGAGAUUAAGGAGAUUCAUGAGCUGAAGGAUCAGAUUCAGGACGUGGAAACCAAAUACCUGCAGAACCUGAAAGAAGCCAAGGAUGCGUUGGCAGAGGUUGAGGAGAAGUACCGUAAGGCCAUGGUGUCCAACGCCCAGCUGGACAARGAGAAGAACAACCUGAUGUACCAGGUGGACACGCUCAAAGACUCGCUGAUGGAGCUGGAGGAGCUACUGUCCGAGUCGCGCCGGGAGCACCAGGACAAAGUCCGGGAGCUGGAGCGGGAGAAACACGCCCACGGCGUUCUGCAGUUCCAGUUCAGUGAAAUGAAAGAGACGCUGAAGCAAAGCGAGGAGCUGCUAAACGAGAUCCGUCAGCUGCGUUUGAAACAAGACGGUUUCGUUAGAGAAAUCUCUGACCUGCAGGAGACGGUGGAGUGGAAGGAUAAAAAGAUCGGGGCUCUAGAGCGACAGAAAGAAUACACGGACGCGAUCCGGGUAGAGCGAGACGAGCUCAGGGAGGAGGUGGUGAAGCUGAAAGAUGUUCUGAAGAAACACGGCAUCGUGCUGGGACCCGAUCUGAGCGUCAACGGGGACGCCGGCGAAGCGGCGGAGAGCCCCGGAGCGGAACCCCCGCCCCACUCUGCUCAGGACCCACAGACCCCGCCGACGGAAGGGAACAGCAUGCUGGGCAGCAGAGAGGAAGAGGAGGCUGCCGAGCAACAACAACAAAGACUCGAGGAAGACGAGGAGAACAUGCUCUGUAACACCGUCCAACUAGAACCUUCARUUGAAGAACAUCCUUCAGAAGAACAAGACGAGGUUGAUACAGGAGGAACUGAGCUCAGCCAGAACUCAACCGUCAACACCAUCUCUCCCGCCUCUGCAGCUAAAGUUGUAAUUAUUGUCAGACGUGACCUGGACCAGGUCCAAACAUGUCCCAAAGAAKGUGUCCCACUGGAGGACAUGCCUGAGAAGAAAAGUUCAGGUUUAACAGAACUGACCGAUGUCAACACAAACGUUACGGAUCUGAAAAGCAAACAGGAAGCUGCUGAGGAGAACAACUUUAAAYCUGAGUUAAAUCCAGAGAAAGAAACCGUUCCCAACGCCCAACCUCUGCAGGAACCGGAGAACUCAGAAGAAGUGUACGAAGCCGAGGAACCAUUGAGCAAGUCUCAGGUUUCUACGGCUUCAGGCAAAAAGAAGAGGAAGAAAAGGAAAAGCAAAAAGAAAGGAGGUCCUCAAGAGAACAAGAAUCAACAAAUUGAGAAGGAAAACGACAAUACGACAGAGAAAUCUGUCAGUCAAACCUUGGAGACACCACAGUUGYAUCAGGUCGAUCAAGAACCAGGAGAACCUGCUGAAAACUGCUCCCUGAAGGAACCUCUCCAGAAGAAAUCUCUGCAGAAGGAACCUCUGCAGGAGGAACCUCUCCAGAACAAACCUCUGCAGGAGGAACCUCUCCAGAAGAAGGAACCUCUCCAGGAACCGAUGGAGGAUGGUGUUUCUGACAAGCGUGACAAAAAGGAAACCAUCAACACCAAGACUUUAGAAGAAGCUGAUUCUGUUGGAUCUUCUGAAGCACUUGUUGAAGCACACAUGGAGAACGUUAAGGUCCUACAGGAGGAAGGAGCUUCAGAAUGGGAUAACAUCAACAAGGCAGAACUAGCGGAACCUCCUGAAAGCUUUCCUAACAGUAAAACAACCCAAGAACSAACGGAUCAGGUUUCUGAAGAGCCUGACGAAGAAGGUAGAACUGAAAUCAAAGAAAAUGUUGAAACUCUCAAAGAAGGAAGAGCAGAYGAUCUACAGAAGGAAGAAACUGAGAAGGUGGAGUCGGCAGAAACUGGAGAACCUUCUGAAGACCAAAGGGAACCUCUCCAAGAACCAAACACUGAUCAGGUUUUAGUUAAAGAGGUUGAAGCUGUGGUAACACCAUGUCACAUGGAAACACUCAACGAAGCCAAGGUUGAAGAGUCUUUGGAGACUGAGAAAGUAGACUCAGGAGGAUCUCCUGAACGUUUCUCUCCAGAGGAACCUCUCCAAGAACCAAACACAGAUCAGGUUGUKGACAAAGUAGUUGAAUGUACGAGAGCUUCUGAAAUGCCGUGCCACAUGAAAACACUCGACCAAUCAGGAGCAGACGAUGUCCAGAAAAAAGAAGAAACUUCAGAAACUCAAAAAGUAGAAUCAGGAGAAUUUCCUGGAAGUUUCUCUCCAGAGAAYCCAAACGUGGAUCAAGUUUCAGACGAGCGCAGCGAAGGGAGAACAAUCAACGCCGAGACGGGAGGAACGCUCAUCGAAGACGGCGUGGAGCUCAUCGGAGAUGAACGGAACCAUGAAGAACCUUUGAAAGUACCAAAAAUAGAAUCAGAGGAACAAAGUUCUUCUUUGGUCGAAUCGUUGGAGAAAUCCAAAACGGGUGAAGAGGACGAUGGAGAAACAGGAUCUACCAGUAGUCUGGAACCAAAGACUGAGAUCACCGAAGACCCCAGCAGAGAGCUGACCASUGGAGGGGUCCAGACCUGGUCAGACCCUGAAGGGGAUCAGAUCGGUACAAACAAUGAAGCUGAAGAUCCAGAUGAGGAUGAACACGAUGCUGAUCCAUCUGAGGCUAAAGAUGGAAACUCUCCACCAUCUAACCAUGAUGAUGAUGAUGGUCUGCCCAAGAAAGAGGCUGAUGAAGACGUUUCUCCACAAGGAGAUGAACCACAGCUGAAAGAAAACACAACGGAGAACCAGGAACCAAACAAAGARGAGGCGGACUCUGGAGGUCCACCAGAGCAGGACUGCUCUGGACCCAGGAGAACGUCAACAGGAACUAAAGGUUCUGAUGGUCCAAACGGGACAGAAACCAGAACAAACCACUCUGCUGCAGCGGAGGAAACAGCUUUUCAUGAACAUCCAGAACCUGAAGAAGCUCAACAAGAUGAGGAAAUUGGGUCUUCUGGGUCUUCUGGUCUUGGUUCUUCACCUGAGCAGAUCCAGGAAGACCAGGGUCUCGAUUCACCUCGAUCCUCGCAGCAGGAUGAGGAGGAAGAGGAAGGGCAGUCUUUUGACUUUGAUGAUAUGGAUAUAGAAGCGGCAGUAGAAGUCGUUAGUCCAGAGGAGGGAGCUGAGGUCACGUCAGGUGAGAACCAACCAGCAGGUGGCAGCGGUGAGACCAGGACUGAUGAGGUGGACCUCGUCGCUCCUCAAGAAAACUCUCCGCCUGACGAGGUGGAAAACAAGGAGAAACAAAACCCAACACAGGGAGAAGAAACGGUUUCGGAGAAUAAGAGCACGUCUGCAUCAGUGGAGGAAGYACUGGACGCCAUGAAGCAGGACAUGGAUUCACCAAAGAUUGUAGAAGAAAAUGUUACAAACAAAGACGCUCCGCAGUCGGGGAAACACGCMAAAAAGAGUCAGAAGAAAGGCAAGGGGAAGGAGGACUGUAAGAUGUCCUAACCAUCUCUCUUUAGCUCUGAAAGUGUUAAAAAAAAAUCACGCAAAGCCUUGCUGCACUUUUAUUUUGAAAAGUUGUGUGUUUAUUUAUGUUUUAUUUUCUUUAUUUUUGACAAAAGUCAUCAAACAAAAAGCAAACUUGAGUGGGGAGAAUUGUGGUGUGAUUGCAGGUUGGUGGUUUUAUUUUGUUGAUGUCACACAGGCUCCACCCACAUUGUGCCAGGUAGACAGGCUCCGCCCACACUGCGCUAGGUAGCUGUAAAAACACCUGGUUUGGGGGGGUCAGAGGUUAUGGUAAGGCAGUGCUCAGCUGAUUUAAAUGAAUGAGUUCRGCAGAACUUGAAGACCUGCUAAAGAGCAGGAAAACAACUGAAACAUGUCAGGAGGACCAGGUGGUCCUGGUGGGUCAGGACUCAGGUCCACCACAGGAAGGGGUUUAGUUAAAGGGAAACAGUCCAGUUAGGAUCAAUUAUGUUUGUAGACCGUCCUGGGGGGUAAUGUUUGCUGGGUAAGGCUGGGAUUGAACCAACAACUCUUAAACUAUUAACGUGGGUGUUAUGUCCACCUAGUGGUGGGCUCUGGUAUUACAGYUGGAUGAAAAAGGAGAAUAUCAAAUUAAAAAUAUCUGCUUUUGUGCAGACYGGACCACAUGUUGUUAACAGCCUCAUUUUUAUUUUUCAUUCCAGUAAAGUUACACGUAUUAAUGUUUUUUUUUUUAACUUUGGGAC